UGGCGUUUGCGUUGUCUAGAUUCUUUAUACCAUUCCUGGCAUACCAAUAUCAGACUAACUCCUCAUAUUUACGGACGAAAAUCCGUACUAAUUACCGUGAAAGUUGCCGAAGAGGCUUCAGUUUUUAAUAUUGCCAGUGCCGUACCGUCAGGCACCAUUGCGUCGCCGUGGACACCAGUGACGGGCCCGCCGGCCGAUUCAAAUGGUGCGGGUCCGGAUACAAAAAAUCUCGACGUUGGUGACAUUAGUGACGAUGAAAAGGACAUGACAGCGGCCGAUGCGGAAGGAGUAUGGAGUCCGGAUAUAGAACAAAGUUUUCAGGAAGCAUUGGCGAUAUAUCCACCGUGCGGUCGACGAAAAAUAAUAUUGUCAGACGAAGGGAAAAUGUAUGGACGAAACGAAUUAAUUGCAAGGUAUAUAAAAUUAAGAACUGGAAAAACGCGCACAAGAAAACAAGUCAGCUCGCAUAUACAAGUUUUGGCAAGACGAAAAUUACGGGAAAUUCAGGCAAAACUAAAAGUGCAAUUUUGGCAACCUGGACUUCAACCUGGAACGUCACAGGAUGUAAAGCCUUUCACACAAUCCGCAUAUCCAGCAGGGAAACCUGCAACCGCCGUAUCCGCGGGAGAAGUUGGCCCCCUGCAAACUGCACAACCACCUGUAUGGGAGGGUAGAGCUAUUGCUACGCACAAACUAAGGCUAGUUGAAUUUUCGGCUUUUAUGGAAACCUCCAACCGAGACGAAGCAUAUCAAAAACAUCUGUUCGUACACAUAGGCGGGCCCGCGUUAUCUUACACCGAUCCACUUUUGGAAGCUGUAGACGUGCGACAAAUAUACGACAAAUUCCCUGAGAAAAAGGGCGGCCUCAAAGAGCUUUACGACAAAGGACCUCAGAACGCCUUUUUCCUCGUCAAAUUUUGGGCGGAUCUUAAUUCGAAUUUACAAGAGAGUGGAACCUUUUACGGGGUCACAAGUUCGUAUGAAAGUAAUGAGAACAUGACGAUAACGUGUUCGACAAAAGUUUGUUCGUUCGGCAAACAGGUGGUGGAAAAAGUGGAAACGGAAUAUGCCCGAUACGAAAACGGGCGAUUUGUAUAUAGAAUCCAUAGAAGUCCGAUGUGCGAAUACAUGAUUAAUUUCAUACACAAAUUAAAACAAUUACCUGAAAAAUACAUGAUGAAUAGCGUGUUAGAGAACUUUACAAUUUUACAGGUGGUAACUAACAGGGACACACAAGAAACGUUGCUUUGUACGGCGUACGUAUUCGAGGUGUCGAGCUCAGAACACGGAGCCCAGCACCAUAUCUACAGGCUGGUAAAAGAUUAGCGGAAUGGCGAAUCUUUUAUUUACACCCUUCACUUCAGUGCCUACAACCACACAAUACUAGUAUUAUUAUUAUUAUAAUCGGUUACAUAACUUAGUAAAUAUAGCUAGGUAAAAUUAAAAUCGAAAUUGCCAUUGAAUCCAAGUAAAAGGUAACUUUAAGUAUCAAUCUUUUGCUUCGAUAACGACCCUACAAUACAUAGAAGUUUAUCAUUUGUUUUUUAUAUGAUAGGUUUAUAAAGCGACGUACUCUACACUUAGGUUCUUUGUUUUGUAUUGCCAAGCUAUACUUUAGGUGUGAUGGUCAAUAUGAAGCCUUUGAAAAAGUAGAUCUUGUAAUAUUAUAUUUUUAUUUAUUCAUAAAUUAUUUUACAAUAGAAUUUAUUUAAAAACGUAUAUAUAUAUUUAUAUAUUUUUAUUUUAUUUUGUACUGCUGGACACAGUGCAAGGGACUUUUGCAAUAUCUUAAACCACAACACAAUAUCUACUAGAAUAUAUUUAUAUAAAUUGAAGGUGUUUAUAUUGACCACAUAAAAUAUUAUAUAAUUAUUUACUGUCAUUAAGCUUAACAUAAAUUAAUUUUAAUAUAAAAUUUCGUUGAAAUUUGAAAAUUAAAUAAAUUUACGCUUAAGGCAAUAAAUCUUUAUAGAACCAUCUGAUUUAAGAUUAUCAACGUUUGAUUUAAACGAUUUAGUUUUAAAAGGUUGCUAUUUGUGAUGAUUAAU